CGCAUUGAGAGAGGAACUGUUGCCUUUCACAAUGGAUGCAAAAAAAACUGGUUGACUUUCUGGGUAAUGAAAAGAAAAUCUUUCCUAUGUAAACGACAUACGGUACUUGCAAGCAUGCAGCGGAUAUACAAAAACCAAGCGACCGAUUCAGAGGAAAUAAUUCUUAUUGGAGUCUUUCAAAAGCUAACCAUGCCCCUUUCCCUCGGCUGUGCAUGUUUCAAACAGAAAACAGCAUUAUAAGUGUCCCACACGAGUGAUCGCUCACCUCUAAUGCUUGGAAGAGCACUUUGGGACCUACGUCCCAAUCCAUUUGACUGUGAUUCUGGCUCAGUUGACAUGCGGGACAGAAGAUGCUGCUGCAGUCACUACUUUCACUCAUUCUCAUCCUCGAGGUGGUGGUAGCUGUACCCGCUAAAGAGAAGCGUGUCCAUCGCCAUAGUGACCUGAGUGACCACGCCCAUGACGACUCCACUGGUUUCCAAUAUGACCACGAAGCCUUCCUGGGCAAAGAGGAAGCCAAGACCUUCGACCAGCUGACCCCUGAGGAAAGCAAAGACAAACUUGGGAAGAUUGUAGAUCGCAUCGACACAGACAAGGAUGGUUUCGUGAGCCAUGGUGAACUGCACCAGUGGAUCAAACACAGGCAGAGGAGGUACAUCGAGGAGAAUGUGCUGAAACACUGGAAGGAGUACGACCAGAACAAGGAUGGGAAGAUCGGCUGGGAUGAAUACAAGAACACCACCUACGGCUACUACCUGGAUGAAGAGUUUGACGAUGUGGAUGACAAGGCUAGCUACAAGGCCAUGCUGACUAGAGACGAGAGGCGCUUUAGGACAGCUGACCGCGAUGGGGACGGCAUCGCCACCAAGGACGAGUUCACUGCCUUCCUUCACCCCGAGGAGUACGACCACAUGAAGGCCGUUGUUAUACAGGAAACCGUAGAAGACAUUGACAAGAACGGUGAUGGAAAGAUCACCCUUGACGAAUACAUUGGGGACAUGUUCACACCUGAGAAUGGAGAGAGUGAACCAGACUGGGUGCUGACGGAGAAAAAGCACUUCACAGAGAUCAGAGACACCAACAAGGAUGGUUUCCUGGAUAACCAUGAGGUAGCUCAGUGGAUCCUGCCAGGAGAGAUUGACCAUACUGACAAUGAGGCUAAGCACCUCAUCCACGAGACAGACACAGACAAGGAUGACAAAAUAACCAAGAAGGAGAUUCUGGCUAAUUGGAACAUGUUUGUGGGGAGCCAGGCAACCAAUUACGGAGAGGAUCUCACCAGGAGACAUGACGAGCUUUGAUGAAGUCAUGCGAAGGCUUAAGGGCUCCAUGCAAAUGGAACUCCGUUUGCGCAGUUCUAUGUACUUUUUGUGCAGCCACAUUUUUGGAACAGACCGUAUACGUACUCUGUUUGGAGAGAGAUUUCCAAAAUACAUAUUGGGGUUUUGUAUUGUGAAAGGCCAUACACUUAUAAUGGAGAAUACUGUUACUAUUAUGGAGUUGGGUAGGGGGAAGUUCUGAGGGGAAAAGGUCACAGGUCAUAUUUAUACUGUUAACGGUAAUGGUAACUGGUAACAUGGAGAUGUUUACACACGCGGAUACACAACUACAGCCUCACACACACAACACAAUCAUGCUCAAGUGUGAAUAAAGACACUCCACAAGUCAA